AUGUUAUUGAAAAAAAAGUAUAAAAAAUUAAAAAAAUUGGAUUUGGAACCGAAAUUAAAGAAACCAAUAUUAUUUUUAUUAUCAACACAUAAUGAAGAUACAAAACAAUUAUUAAAAGAUUUAUAUCAAAUUUGUAAAGAAUUUUCAAUAUUUCGACAAAAUAAUUCUAAAAAUAUUAUUAUAAAUAAAAAAUUGAAUGAAAUUUGUAUAAAUAAUAAAAAUCAUUUAGAAAGUGAAUUUAUAUGUAAUAAAUUAGGAUUUGGUUUAUAUGUAAUAACAAGUUCUAAUAAAAAAAGACCUAACAGUAUUGGAUUUGGACGUUUAUAUAAUCAAAAUAUACUUGAUUGUUGUCAAUUCAAUAUAUUACAAUAUAAAUCUAUUAAUAAAUUUAAUCAAUCAAGUUCGUUACCCCGUUACGGUGCUUGCUCCAGCAGCUCCAAUUACCUACUUAGUUAUACCAAUACUACUUCUUUAGGGUACCGUUUGACCAAGCUCCGUAACGGAGCUCCUUUACGGAGUUACCCCACUAACUAUCAUUUUUGCAACCUUUUAGUACAUUUAUUUUAUUUUUUACCAUUAAUAAUAGUACAAGGUUCAGGAUUUGGACAACAAAAUGGACAUUUAAUUACUGUUCGUAAUAUACUUUUAGAUAUUUUCAAAGGUCCCAAUUAUCCUAAAAUCUCACUUGAUAAUAUUAAACAACUUAUUACCAUAACUAUUCUUGAUCAAUAUGAUACUAUGGGAAAGGGAGCUACAGGUACUCCAGGAAAGGGAGCUAAUUCUAUGGGUAUGGAGUGUACUAUGGGAAAGGGAGCUAAUUUUACCCUUAUGGAGUGUACUAGUGAGAAAAAUUUGAAUGAAAUUGCUGCUGUCACUAAUUCUGGGGAGUCGAGUACUUUUUCUAAUACUGGAGUUAAUACUAGUGGAGUUGUUAAUAGUAAGGAUAUUGAGGCUAGUGAGGGAACUGGUACCGUUGGAGCAAGCACCGUAACGGAGAAAUUAGAAAGAAGAAAAUUAUAUAAAAAUGGUCCAAUUAUAUUAUUUCGUAGAUAUUCAAUAAAACUUUUAAAAUCAAAUAAAUCAAAUAAUUCAAAUGAAAUAUUACCUAAAGUAGAUUUGAUUGAGAUUGGACCAAGUAUAGAUUUACAAUUAGAAGAAGUAUUAAAUGCUGAUCCAGAAAUAUAUAAAAAUUCUAUACAAACACAAAAGAGACCAAAAAAAUUAAUUGCAGGAAUAAAUACAAAUGGACCAAUAAUUACUACUGAUGAAUUAUGUGAAAUUUCUACUAUAUUAGAUUCUAAAGAAAAUUCAUUACUUAAUUUUAAUGGUAACUCCGUUACGGUGCUUGCAACAGCAGCUCCGAUAUCACUAGCCCCGAAGGGGCUUCUAUAUAGCAUAAAAUUAGCUCCCUUUCCCGGGGAUACUUAUACCCUUAGUGAAAGUGGAUAUAAUGGAGAAAUAUUAGGUUAUGGUAAUGUAUCCGAAUUAGGAGAUUUCAAUCUUCCAGUAAUGAAUAGCAGCAAUUUCUACUGGGUAUUACAAAGUGCAUUGAAUAGACGUAAUAUAACAUGUGAACAUUUAUCAUUAAAUCAAUUAAGUCUUGAAAUGUUCCAAUAUAAUAAUUCUAUUGCAUUUAUUUGUAAUAUACAAGAACAUUGGUUUUCAAUACGUAAAUUACAUAAUGAAUGGUUUAUAUUGGAUAGUUUAAAAGAUGGUCCUAUAAUAAUAGAAUAUGGUUCAUUAUAUGAUUAUAUAAAAGAAAUAUUAGAGAAAGGAAUUGGUGUAAUAUUAUUAGUAAUAACAAAUAAUGGAAAAUUUCCAGAACCUGAACCAUAUAAAUAUAUAUUACAAUCCAAUCAAUUUUUUUUAAAAUUAUCAGAAAUUACAAAUAUUGAUUCAUUUAAUAAUAAUAAAAAAUUUAUUUGGCCUACUACUGGUGGUAUAAGAUUAGAUCAAUAUCAAUCCAAUGAAGAAUAUAUUGGUAAUGAUGCUAUAAGAAUAGCAAUAAAAUUAUUUACAAAUGAAAGAUUAACUAAUUCUUUUUCACCAAAUAAUACUAUUAAUAAAUUAUUUGAAUGGAUAGAGAAGAAAUGUAAUUUAAAAGAAUAUGAUUAUUAUUUUUUAAUACAAACAAUACCAUAUCGUAAAUUUAUUAAAUAUAUUAAUGGUUCUAUUGAAUUAUUAACCAAUUCUAAUGAACCUAAUGAUGUUACUAAUAAAACAUUUCAACAAUUAAAUUUCAAUACUAAUGAUAUGUUCUUAUUAAGAAUUAAUUAA